AUGGAUGGAGACGGUGCCACGACCGACGCCUCCCAGCUGGGCAUCACAGGGGAGUUCAUUCCAUCUUCGCACUAUGUGUUGCAGCAGGAUGAUGAUGCCGACGAAGGUAUGAACGACCACGAUGACAGUGGCGCGAAGGAGAACUACCGGGAGCAGGACAUCUACCUCCCCAUCGCUAACGUAGCUCGCAUUAUGAAGAACGCCGUCCCGCAAACUGGAAAGAUUGCAAAAGACGCCAAAGAGUGCGUGCAGGAGUGCGUCAGCGAGUUCAUCAGCUUCAUCACCAGCGAGGCCAGCGAACGCUGUCACCAGGAGAAGCGCAAGACCAUCAACGGUGAGGACAUCCUGUUUGCUAUGUCCACGCUGGGCUUCGACAUGUACGUGGAGCCGUUAAAGCUGUACCUGCAGAAGUUCCGAGAGGCAAUGAAAGGGGAAAAGGGCAUCGCCGGUGUGUCUGUGGGGGAAAGCCUUGGAGAGGAGCUAGCAGAUGACAGCUUCGCAAACACUCUCCCUGCGGGAAUAAUAACAGCUGACGGUCAACAGCAAAACGUCAUGGUGUACACCACAUCAUAUCAACAGAUUCCCACCGUACAGCAGAUCCAAUUUUCAUGA